CUAGCAGGACUUAGUCAAGAUUAUCAAGCUUUAAGCCACGGACAAGACGCCUCAGGUGCACACACAUUUGAACAUGAUGUUUCACAGCCAACGCAUACAUUUGGACAAGAUACUGGUCAUGGAUAUGAUUCGGGCAAUCAGGGACAACCAAAGAGUUUUGAUGUAGGAAGCCACAAUGCUUUUCCAUCUUUCGCAGCAUCUGGGCAUGACUUCACCGGCGAUACUUAUCUUCAAGCUGCUCAUGAUUUUGGAAAUCAUGACCAAGGUGUCUAUAAUACACAUGCUGAAGAUUCGAAUGGUCACAGUGACGACGAGAAAUCAAAUGAACAUAGUGAUGAAUCUGAUGGUCAAGCCGGUAAUGCUGGUGAUUCUCCAGUGUCCGCUCCAGCGCAUGGUGACACGCAAUCGUUUAUUCUCCAAGACGGUGGCAACGAAUAUGGACAUGGAGGACAAGGUGUGCUCGUCCAGGAUUUAGGUGUUCAAGGAUUUUCAGGACAUGAUUUCGGAGGACAGUAUACUCAAGAAUUUGCAGGAGGAUUAGACCAUGCUGAACCGUUUAGUGUUAGUGAGCAUGCUGAUGAGCAAAAUCCAGUCGAAGUACCGUCAUAUAAACAUGUAACUGUACCUGUGCAAAAACUCGUCCAUGUAAAUGUACCAAAGCCAAUUUUGGUUGGCAUUCCCCAACCGUACCCUGUAAAGGUACCUGUCAACAAGCCUGUGGCCGUUCCUGUUGAAACAGAAAUUUCCAUUCCGUUUGAAAAGGUGGUUCUUUAUCCUGUUGUAAAGCAUGUUCCCUACCCGGUUGAGAAACAUGUUCCUUAUAAAGUAGAAAAAACCGUACAUGUCCAUGUACCUCAACCUUACCCUGUGAAAGUUCCCGUUUAUAAAACGAUUCAUCAUCAUAAAGACCAUUAAAUCUACUUCGCUAUUAAAAUGUGUAAUUGAAUGUGAAUGGUUGCUGACUUGAAUUUUAAGAGUGUGUGGUAUGUUGCGUGUGUUGCUUACCAAGCCAUGUAAAUAAUAAUGUUGUUAACUAAUUUUAAGUCAUUUUCAACUUUAUUGUUGUAGUUGAUUUAUUUAUUGUGUAUGUUGUUAUUGUUGUUGAUAAUACAUUUGUUGUU